CGCGGGGCUGGGGCGGGGACUGUGGGGGGAAACGGCGGGGAGUUGCGCUGCAGCAGAAGACGAGGCGAGGGCAGAGGAGGAGCGAGGCGAGCAGUGGACGGACUGCUGCGCAAUCGGUGCCAAGAUCGGUCGAUUGCUCGAUCGCGGGAGGAGGGCGAGGCCGUUUCGAGGUCGGAUUCUUGUGCUGUGCGAGCCCGCAGAGCUCCAGCACCUCGGCUCCAGCGGAACGACCUCCGAUUGAGCGAAGGAUUGCGCGAAAAUGAGCGGCCUCACGGCCAGAGCUGUGCACUGGGCUGCUCAUGGAGCAGCACCGGAGGCCUCAGGAGUUUCUACAGCAGCUUACCCUCUCGGUGGCUUCUGUGCUUCCAAGGAUAGUCGAAAUUCCAAGCGGCCCAGUCGAGUUUCUUUCAGCAAGGAAAGGAGGAACGCGGGUUGGAGUUCUCUGGUUUGUUACCAGUCGGGGGCGAACGCCGAGGGUUCUUCUACCGGCUCAAAAUCUUCGUUCCGAUGCCAAGCUCUCGCUGAUGACCAGCAGAGUGUAUCGGACGAGGUCGCUUUUGCUGCUCAUGCCCGAGACCUUCUAGGGGACGAUGAGUCACAAAAUUUCUUCGACAGAUUAGUUCGGGCCUGGACCAUUCUCUUUCCUAGUAAGCGAAGGUCGAGCUCCAAUGCGGAGAUCGCCAAACAACGUCUGAAAAUGAUUCUGAUUUCCGAUCGGUGUUCCGUGAACGAUGAAGCCAAGAGGCGGAUUGUGAACAACAUCGUCGGAGCUCUCUCGGACUUCGUGGAAAUAGAAUCGGAGGACAAGGUCCAGCUCACGGUUUCUUCGGACCCUGAUUUGGGCACCGUGUACUCUGUGACGGUGCCGGUGCGGAGAGUGAAGCCUGAGUACCAGGAAUACAGCCGGGAGCUUCAAUGCGUAGCACUUUCUGAGGAGUUCCGAACUUUGGAUCUGAAACUGGAGUACCAGACUGACGGCCUAGAAGGACAGGCAUGACUCUGUUGUUUUGAAAGUUUUGAUCCCAUCGAGCAGGAGCAUCUGACCGUGGACCCCUGAAGCCCUGGGGAUUUUGUUGUCAUAGUGAGAGGGCUUGUUGUACAUUUAGAUUCUUCACCAUUAAUGUGUCUUCUGCACAUGUGCUUCAUCUCGGUCCUGUAAGAUUAUCCUGAGCUCAGUAUGUGAAGGAUGCAUUCUGCCAUCACGAACCUUUCGGAGACCCGAGUUUGAUUGUGAGGACAGCAAUGCUUGCUCAGUGUGUUUUUAUACGCAAGCUGUGGCGAUCAGUAAGUGCAGAAUUGUGGCUGGUGCAGGCCGUAACAUUUACUGCAAGUUGCAAAACACUCAGAACAGUACGUCUAUCGGUACAGAGAGAAUAAUGUAAAUAUCUUUGUUCACCACAUAUCGUGACUAUAUCCAGUCGUCCUUGUUCCUCUACCAUUUAACUUAUGGGAUUGGUC